AUGAAGAUCCAUCUUCUCUUGUCGCUUAUAGCUCUUGGUUUUACCCUCGGCGAGCCAAUUCCUAAACAGGCUCUCUCGCAAAGUCAGACUGAGACAGUCGACAACAGCUCUAACCAAAUAACUUGUGAGAUCUGGACGGCGCAGAUGAGCAAAGUACAAACGGCAAGAGACCGCGCAAACCAAGAAUACCGGCGUACAUUAAGCCCAGCAGCAGUGAAGGCUCUAUCCUCUGCAAAUAAGGACGUUGCCGACCUACUUGCACAAAAACCUGCGGAUUGUUAA